CACAACUACAGCACCUCUCUUCUUUUGCGUCAAUUGCUUGUUCUCAACAGAGCUAAGGCCGACGGCGACUUGCGAUUUCUCAGGUUUAACGAAAUUUCAUCCGUUCGAAUCCACCAACGAUGGCCAUCUCCAAACCCGAAUUAGCUUGUGUCUACGCCUCACUAAUCUUGGCCGACGAUGACAUCGAUAUCACGGGAGAAAAAAUCCAAACAGUCCUAAAAGCUGCCAACGUCGAAGUUGAACCAUAUUGGCCUGGUCUGUUUGCCAAAGCUUUAGAAAAUGCCAAUGUUAAGGAUUUAAUCACAAAAAUUUUAUCAGCAGUAGGAGCUGUACCAGCAGCAGGCGCUGCGGGUAUGAAUAUUUCAUUAGAAUAAUAAAAUAUUUUUGUA